AUGAAGUUCGCCCAUUCUUUAAAAUUUAAUGCUGUACCUGAUUGGUAUUACUUGAAAUAUUCAACAUUGAAAAAAACCAUAUAUGAGUUACAACAAGAUCAAAUUGCGUAUAAUGGGAACCAAGACCAAGGGUAUAUUGUUGGAAAAGAAACGACCACUGUAACUGAAUUGGUGGACAAUUUCGAAGCCAAUUAUUCAGCUUCUUCGCACACGCUAAGUAGUAAUAACAAUAACGAUUCCAUUGAGGAAAGUUCAGACAGUUAUAACGAUAUUAACGAUGCCAAGACAACCGCAAAUGCAGGAGGCAUGAAGAAUCGGUUGGCCAAGAAACUUAAUUUGUUGCAAAGACUUAAAAAGAAUAAACUUAUCUUGGAUAGUAAUAACAGUAGCAGUGCUAGCGAGAUUGAGCUAAACCACAUUGAUCUCGAACGAAAUAAUAAAGAUGCCAAGGAGGCUAGUGAAAAUGGAGAUGCGUAUUCGUAUACUGCUGAAGUUGACAGUUUAUCAAACGACACUGCCUCUUUCAAAAAUGUUGACGAUGUGAUUACACAAUUUAUUAAUGAUCCCAACGAGUCCUUUGCUAAUCCAAACUCAUUGGAGUUUGAUCCAUUACAUGUAUUCACCAAACAGUUGUUGAUUGAAUUGUCGAAAAUCAAUGACUUUUAUAAGGGCAUCGAAAAGGAUAUUUUUGAUCAAUAUGGUCGAUUGAAUAGUGAAAGUGAACAACUUCGGAUGAAGCAGGCUUUGGAAUCUGAGCCAGAAAUCAGGCACAUCCAUAGUAGUAGUAUAGAUCAUCAUCACAGUCACGACCCAGAACACCAUAAUGCUGAUUUGGAGAAACAAAGCGUUUCAGUACAAGUUGUACACGAUGAUUCCGAUGAGGAAGAUGAUGACGAUGAUGAUGACAAAAAUAGUAACACCGAUUCAGUAUUACUUGACGAAGCCCAUUUCAAUGAGAAUCAUAAAUAUUCAGUCACAAAGAAGAAACAGUGUUUGGCAAUGUAUAUUCGAUUGUCCGAAUUGAAAUCAUACAUUGAAUUGAAUCGAGUUGGGUUUGCCAAAAUUUGUAAGAAAUUUGAUAAAGUUUGUGGGUAUUCAAUAACUCAAGAUUUUUGUCAGCAUUUCUUGCCUUUACAUUCAUAUGUAUUCCAACCACAAACAAUUGAAACUAUUGACACCAAACUCGACCAAGUUGUACGAAUUUAUGCGUUUUCCUUGGGUAAAUUAUACUCCCAUAGCACUAAACAUGACUUGGAGCCAAUUAAGAACGACUUACGCUCUCAUUUACGUGAUCAUAUUGUAUUUGAAAGAAAUACCGUUUGGAAAGACUUGUUAUCCUUGGAAAAGCAAUCGUAUAAUCUAGACUUGGAUGAGAAUGCGGUCCAAAGCAGCAAGAUUGGUGAAGAAGGUAAUGUCACCAACUCGUUGAUGAAGAUGAAGAUGAGGGAAAUUGAACUCCCCAGGUAUUUAAGUGGCAAAACUGUUUCACUACCAGCCUUUUUGUUUACAACUCAAGUUUUGAAAAUUGUCAUAACGGCAGUGGUGUUUAUCAUUUUAAUGACCAUCAAGACAUUUAAUGACCCAGUUCAGGGAAGAAGUUUGGCUGUCUUGGUUGCCUGUGCCAUGUUGUGGGCAUCUGAGGCUAUUCCAUUACAUACAACCGCCAUGUUUGUUCCAUUACUUGUUGUCACCUGCAAAAUUUGCAAAGUCAGUGGCACUGAUGAGCCAAUGACAGCUUCUGAUGCUUCGCUGUAUAUUCUUGGUACAAUGUGGAAUUCAACGAUUAUGAUUUUACUUGGUGGGUUUACCCUUGCUGCUGCGUUAUCAAAAUACAAUUUGGCCAAGAUUCUUUCGUCAUGGAUCUUAGCUGCUGCCGGGACCAAACCAAGAAAUAUUAUUCUUGCCAACAUGAUUAUAUCAAUGGUCCUUUCCAUAUUUUUGUCAAACACUGCAGCGCCAGUCAUUGCAUUGAGUUUGGUUAGACCAAUGCUCAAGACCAUUCCCUCGGACCAUCCAUUUACCAAGGCAUUAAUUUUGGGUAUUGCAUUUGCUUCCAAUUGUAGUGGUAUGCUGUCGCCAAUCAGUUCGCCACAAAAUGUUAUCGCAUUACAAGAAAUGACACCCAACCCAGGUUGGCAGAUGCUUGAAGUUAGUUUGCCCACUACAAUUGUUGCCGUUUUCUUUAUUUGGUUGUUGCUCAUUUCAACAUUCAAGAUUAAUACUCUCAAGUUGACUAAGAUCUCCCCAAUUAGAGAAAGAUUGACAACCAAGCAAUACUUCGUCCUUUUGAUCUCAAUCAUUACUAUUCUUUUAUGGUGUGUUAUUGAAAAAAUUCAAGUUAAUUGGGGUUCAAGUGGUAUUGUGACUUGUUUUGCCUAUGUAAUGUUUUUCGCCACAGGAUUACUCACAGUUGAUGAUUUGAACAACUACCCGUGGUCUAUCAUUGUGUUGGCGAUGGGUGGUAUAGCCUUGGGUAAAGCCAUUGGUUCAUCUGGUCUUUUGUCAACAAUUGCCAUUGCAUUGCAAAAACGUAUUAUGGACUAUAGUGCCUAUGUCAUAUUGCUUAUUUUUGGUGUCAUUGUCCUUGUGUUUGCCACGUUUGUUUCCCACACAGUGGCGGCAUUGAUUAUUGUUCCAUUAGUUAAGGAAGUCGGUGAUGCUUUACCUAAACCACAUCCAAAUUUAUUGAUUUUAGGUACGGCUUUAAUUGCAUCUUGUGCAAUGGCAUUGCCCACUUCAGGGUUCCCCAAUGUGACUGCCAUUAGUAUGAGGGAUGAAUUGGGAAGACCUUACCUCACUGUGAAUCAGUUUAUUUCAAGAGGUGUGCCAGCAUCUAUUAUUGCAUAUUUGUGUGUGAUUACCAUUGGAUAUGGAGUUAUGUCAUCAAUUGGUUAUUAG